AUGCAGGGCCUAUCACGAGUCUUUACUGAUAGCCCAAAGGUUGCCCCUUCGGGUAAAGAGCCCAUCGUACGAGUCUAUGCUGGUAGCCCAACUUCGGACAAAGAGCUCAUCGUUGAUGACAUCGUUGUAACCAAUCCCGAUAGCAUUGUUGAAGAUCGGUCAAUCGAUGAAGCUCGUCCUUUGAGAAUUGUUGUCAUUGGAGCUGGAAUUUCUGGAAUUCUCGCCUGCAUUCGAUUCACUCAAAGGAUUCCAAAUGUCGACAUUGUCUUAUAUGAGAAGAAUCCCGACAUUGGAGGCACCUGGUUCGAGAAUAAAUACCCAGGAUGCGCAUGUGACAUCCCCGCACAUACUUAUCAGGCUACCUUUGAGCCCAACAAAGAGUGGUCCACUUUCUACGCUGCUGCGCCUGAAAUUCACGCCUACUGGAAGAAAGUUGCAGCCAAGUAUGGUUGCAUGAAGCACAUCAAAUUAAAGCAGAAGGUUUCAGGUGUUGAGUGGAACGAAGAGACCGCCAAGUGGAGCUUGCAAGUCGAAGAUAGCGACAGCGGCAAAAUCUACGAUGACAAAGCCGAUAUUCUCAUCCAAGCAACCGGUGCCUUGAAUAACUGGGCAUGGCCAAGCAUUCCAGGACUCCAUGAUUUCAAGGGCAAAUUGAUGCACAGUGCUCGCUGGGAGGAUGACUUUGACUACUCAGGCCUCAAUGUUGCUAUCAUCGGCAAUGGCUCAUCCGGCAUCCAGAUCGUGCCUGGAAUGUUACCAAAGGUGACACACAUUGAUCACUAUGUCCGCAGCAAAACCUGGAUCGCGCCCACAUUUGCAAGAGAGCAAAUCGAAAAGCGCCAGAAGGGAAAAGACAACUUCGCAUUUACCGCUGAGGAGAUUGAAGAGUUUAAGACAGAUAAAAACGCAUACCUAGCUUUCCGAAAAGAGGUCGAGCUUGAGUUGCAGUCCAUCCACGGCGCAACUAUGAAUGGCCACCCCAUGCAAUUGGAAGCUCACGACUUCUUCGUCGAAAACAUGAGACGUCGAUUGACAAUCAAGCCUGAGAUGCUGGAUGGUCUUAUUCCUUCUUUCGCUCCUGCCUGUCGCCGUCUAACCCCGGGCCCUGGAUACCUUGAGGCUCUCACGCACGAGAAGGUCGAUUUGAUCUCAAAUGAUAUAGUGAAGGUUGACGAAACUGGUAUUUUCACCAAAGAUGGCAAACACAGACCCGUUGACAUGAUUGUGUGCGCAACCGGUUUCGACACCACUUGCACUCCCCGUUUCCCUAUCAAGGGCCGCAACGGUCUGCUGCUUUCUGAGCGAUGGGAGAAAACUCCCGAGACAUACAUUUCUGUUGCCACAGAUGAAUUCCCAAACUACUUUAUUUCUCUGGGACCAAAUGCUGGUCUUGGAGAGGGAAGUCUUCUUCUGGUAAUCGAGAAAGAGAUAGAUUACUUCACCCAGUGUGUAGCAAAGAUGCAGCGUGAUAACAUUCGCACCAUGACAGUGCGAAAAGAGGCUGUGACCAGAUUUACUAAGUAUUGCGAUGAUUAUUUCAAGAAGACUGUGUUCAGCGGCAAUUGUCGCAGCUGGUACAAGGGUGGUUCUGCGGAAGGACGAAUUACUGCGCUUUGGCCGGGUAAGUUUCAAUAUACCGAUGCCGAUUUGAAUUUCAUGAACGCAUCUAAUAUCUAUCUAUCUACAGGUUCUUCACUUCAUGCGAUUCAAGCAUUCAAAAACCCCCGAUGGGAAGAUUUCGAGUACAGUUACUUCAACGAUAACCCAGCUGGUUGGCUCGGUGAUGGCUGGACUGAGAAUGAGAAGAACAACAAGAUCAAUGUUGAUUAUCUGAAUGAUGAUCGGAUCGAUUUCCCCACUCCUGUCACAUCAAAUCUUUAA